AUGAGAGAAAUCCUCCAUAUUCAGGGCGGACAAUGCGGCAACCAGAUCGGAGCCAAGUUCUGGGAAGUCGUCUGCGCUGAGCAUGGCAUCGACUCCACCGGACGUUACGCGGUGACCAGGAUCUUCAGCUCGAGCGGGUUAAUGUCUACUACAACGAAGCCAGUUGUGGGAGGUUUGUUCCACGCGCCAUCCUCAUGGACCUCGAGCCAGUCUGGUGCCGGCAAUAACUGGGCGAAAGGACAUUAUACAGAAGGGGCAGAACUUAUUGAUUCUGUUCUCGAUGUUGUUCGAAAAGAAGCCGAAAACUGUGAUUGCCUCCAAGGGUUUCAGGUAUGCCAUUCAUUGGGAGGAGGAACAGGCUCCGGGAUGGGGACUUUGCUGAUAUCCAAGAUCAGGGAAGAAUAUCCCGAUCGGAUGAUGCUCACUUUCUCAGUUUUCCCUUCCCCCAAAGUCUCCGACACAGUGGUGGAGCCCUACAAUGCAACUUUAUCAGUUCAUCAACUGGUUGAAAACGCCGAUGAAUGCAUGGUUCUUGACAAUGAAGCUCUGUAUGACAUCUGUUUCCGCACACUGAAGCUCACUACACCCAGCUUUGGAGAUUUAAACCACCUAAUCUCAGCCACCAUGAGCGGUGUCACCUGCUGCCUCCGGUUCCCGGGUCAACUCAACUCCGACCUCCGUAAACUGGCGGUCAACCUAAUCCCGUUCCCGCGCCUCCAUUUUUUCAUGGUCGGUUUUGCCCCUCUGACCUCCCGUGGGUCCCAGCAAUACCGCGCCCUAACCGUCCCGGAACUCACACAACAAAUGUGGGACGCGAAGAACAUGAUGUGUGCGGCGGACCCCUCGCCACGGACGAUACCUAACCGCAUCCGCAAUGUUCCGAGGCAAAAUGAGCACGAAAGAAGUGGACGAACAAAUGAUCAAUGUCCAAAACAAAACUCGUCUUAUUUUGUUGAAUGGAUUCCUAAUAAUGUGAAGUCGACUGUUUGUGAUAUUCCUCCCACGGGUCUUAAAAUGGCUUCCACUUUUAUUGGGAACUCGACUUCUAUUCAGGAGAUGUUUAGGCGUGUGAGUGAGCAGUUUACUGCUAUGUUUAGGAGGAAGGCUUUUUUGCAUUGGUAUACGGGUGAAGGAAUGGAUGAGAUGGAGUUCACCGAAGCGGAGAGUAAUAUGAAUGAUUUGGUUUCUGAGUAUCAGCAGUAUCAGGAUGCGACUGCUGAUGAGGAAGGUGAGUAUGAGGAGGAAGGUGUUGAGUACGAGGAAGAAGGUUAAAUGCUGUGGGAUUGGGAUUGGGAUUUGAUAUUUGAUUGAUUAUUAGUGUUGUGGUGUUUGUUUUGUUGAAUGUUGGGUAGGUGGUUUUUGUGAUGGAGUUUGUACUUGAAGGUCUUUGGUUAGUGUGCCUAAUGAAAUCGUGAUGAGUUAGUAAAUGUACUGUUUCUGAAAUAUAAAGUACAACGUAUCAAUGUAGGUUGUUGAAGACUAUAUUAAAUGAAUCAAAAUAUUAGAAAUUUAGCUACU